AUGAAAAGGGACAUAGUUGAAUUCGUUUGGAAAUGUGAAGCCUGUCAGUUAGUGAAGGCAGAAUAUCAGCGACCGGGAGGUCUUUUGCAGUCGUUGCCUAUCCCUAAGUGGAAGUGGGAAGAGGUAAUAAUGGAUUUUGCUAUGGGAUUCCCCAGAUCAAGGCAAGGGCAUGAUGCUAUUUGGGUGGUUGUUGAUCGGUUGACAAAAUCCGCACAUUUUCUUCCGAUUAGACAGAUCGAUCAAGUGGAUAAGUUAGCUCAAAUUUAUGUUAAAGAAAUUAUCAGAUUGUAUGGUGUGCCGAAAGUGAUUGUAUCUGAUCGGGAUGGCCGAUGGGAAGAUCAUAUCCCACUGAUAGAAUUUGCAUAUAAUAAUAGUUAUCAGUCAAGUAUUGGUAUUGCACUAUACGAAGCUCUGUAUGGCAGAAAGUGCAGAACUCCUUUGACUUUGACUGAGGUUGGUGAUUUUGUGUAUGUUAAAAUCAAUCUGAUGAAAGGUGAUAGCAGAUUUGGAAAAGUAAGCAAACUCAAUCCAAGGUAUGUCAGACCUUUUGAGAUCAUUGAAAGGGUUGGAAAUUCUGCUUAUAGAUUGUUAUUGCCUGAUCAAAUAUCUGAUAUAUACAAUGUGUUUCAUGUAUUCUCUUUAAGAAAAUGGAUAUCUGAUUCUGGAAAGAAACUUGUUGCUGAUGAUAUUGAAGUUCAGGCGAAUCUACAAUACAAAGAAGAGCCUGAAAAGAUUUUGGCAUUCGAUGUUCGUCCGAACGAAAUUAGGAUCGUCCGGGAUGAACAGUUGAAACAUUGGCAACCCGAGAGCAUCGUCCCAGGAAGAUUAUAA